CAACCAAAUCACCAAACAAAUUUUUCAUCAUCAUUUUUUUCUUACGUUAAUCACGAAAACGCGAUCAUUAUUGACGUGUAAAAUCAUAAUAUAAAGAAGGCUAACAACUACGUUUUGGAAUAUAUACGAUACAUUCUAUGGAGACAAAGACGUGGAGAGAUAAAUUAAAGAGUAUAAAUAAUAUUCAUAUCACCAAUUAGCUUAUUCUUGAGCACAUCAUUUAACUACUUGUAAACAAUGACAUUCGUUCACCUACUGGUCUCUCUUCUCAUCUGCAUUACCUUCACGUCGUCUAUCUCCGUCGUCCCUGACCCAUCAACACAAGACCUAAUCAACAGAAUAUGCAAACAAACAAUCGACUUCAAGUUCUGUAAUAAAACCAUCACAUCUCAGCUAAUUAGACGACGCACAUCCAUCAAGACAAUCGCGAAGCUAACCGCGGCAAAAGCAUGGAUCAACGCCAUAGAAACGCUUGACAACAUCGAAGGUUCUCUUCUUCCCAAAGCCAAAGACCGUAGAAGCAAAGAAGAGUUCGCUGCUUGCAGGAAAGCGUAUAGAUUGGUGGAUGCUCAUCUUGACAACGCGUUGAAGUAUUUGUAUCUUAAAGAUUAUCGGUUCAUGAGAGCGUAUCAAGCUCUUGCGCUUGUGAAUAUUUCGAUGUGUAGGACGAGUUUCUUUCACCCUACGCCUAUGGUUUAUGCGAACUGGAAUAUGAAGAUCUUGACGGAUAUAGCGAUUUAUGCUGGCAAGAUUCUUGCUCCUCCUCCUCCUCUAAGGACCAAGACCAAGAAGAAGACACCGUGAGGGUCAUCGUUUCGGAGUCGAAGCUUGAUUUUGUUAUUUUUAUUAUUGAAUCCAGUAGUGUUUUUCAGAUUUAUUCAAACAAAUUUUAGUUUUUAUAUACUGUAGAUGUAAAAAUCUCUUUGAUGGCAUCAUUUUUGUUUUAUUGUUACAUUUUCUUUA